AUGAACACAGAUUCUGAAGAUUUUCUGGUUGAUUCUCUUCAUUUUCUUGCUCUAACAGGAUUACCCAUCCAUUUCCUUGGUUUUUAUUUCAUUCUUUGCAACACUCCAGUAACUAUGAAAUCUGUCAAAUUGCCAAUGUUAUAUUUACAUUUUUGGAAUGUUGUUUGGGAUGUUUAUUUGAGUAUUUUAUAUGUUCCAUUUGUUGUAUUUCCAUUUCCAGCUGGUUAUACUUUGGGACUAAUUUCUUCAGAUUUUCUUAAUUUCACACAACAAUCUUGUAUUGCUGUAACACUUUUAGUUAUGAUUGGAAGUGCGAAUGUUUUCUUUUUUGCAAAUCGAUAUAAUCGAAUUUGUAUGCUUGGAAAACCAAUGAAAAAAAGGAAAAAGUUUAUAUUAAUUGGUUUAAAUCUACUUUUCGCAAUUUGUUCUCCAAUUCCAAUUAAUUUUCUUCCCGUUGAUCAAAGUUAUGCGAAAAAGUUUAUUUUGAAAACAAUCCCUAGUUUUUCACGUGAAAUUUUAAAACGGGAUGAUUUUCGAGUUAUUUGUUUGCAUAAAGAAUAUCUUGUUAUAAGUUUGCUGAUUAUAAUUGCUGUAAUUGGUAUUCAACUCAUUCGAUUAAUCGUGAAAAUUAGUCUCGAACUUCAUUAUAGUCUUCAGGCUUCAAUAAAUUCAGCUUCAACGAGAACUUUUAAUAUACAAAAAGCGUUUUUCUACACGAUUUGUUUUCAAACAUCAAUUCCUGUUAUUGGUAUCUCAUUUCCUGUUUUUUAUAUGAUUUAUAGUUAUUUUACAUAUUAUUUUGAUCAGAGUUACAAUAAUUUUGCAAUAAUUGCUUUGAGUUUGUAUGGACAGAUUUCGACUAUGACCAUGAUUUUUGUACAUAAACCAUAUCGGAAGAAAUUUCUUGGAGCUUUCGAUCCACGUGAAUUUUUUACUCGAAAGACAAAAUCGAUUCCAGAAGUUAGAACAAAUAUAUCAACAGCAAGUAAUAUAAAAACAUUCACAUAA